CGCAACGCUACUGAACGUGGAGGUAAAUUACCCAAUAACGACCACACCUUGAGAUCCCGCAUGUAACAGAAGGCAUGGCUCCAAAUGGAGGGGUAAGGUUCAGCCGCACUCUUAUCAUAUUCCCUCAAUCCGCUCUUCCUUUUCUUUCUCAGAUGUUCUGCUCAGCUCUCUUGGACCUCUAAUUCUCUGUAGUUCGGGCUUCUCGAUCCAAAUCUUGUAGCAAUUCAACAGCUCCAGUUUGUUGAAGGGCUCUCAAAUAUGGGUUUCAACGAGCGUCGAGCUCAACUGCUCGCAAACGUCAAGUUCCUUUACGGACCCGACACCGAAGUCCUCACUCUUUCCCACGAUGCCGGCCACCAAGCCAUCGCCGUACGAUACGAUGUCUUUUCCGCAUCAUGGACGAAGUUUCUCCACGGGCACCGCAAUUCCAGAAAUACUAUGGAUGCCCUCCAAUGUCUGCUUCGCGAGACGGAAAUCGAGAUCACAAAACGACUUUCCGUGAACGGUGUCAGCGUUCCAUUUGCCGAAUCGAAUGGCAUGCAGAAUAUGAGUCUACAUCGCAGAAUGCACCAUGGUCUUGGUCCUAGCAGCAUUGCGAGCUCUGAUCAGUCGAGGUUUGAGUUCAUAGCUACUCCACAAUCGAGCGUGACGGAGAGAGACAUUCCUCAUCCUUGUGAGUCCUGUGAGGCACUUACAGAGGAGCCUGGACUUAAUCUUGCCGUCGAUCCCGUCGAGGAUGAAUGGGCUUUGCCGAUCUCUAAGAAAAAGAAGAAGGGGAAGAAGGGUGUUUUGGGUUGGUCGUUUGAAGACCCUGUUAUUGAGGAAGCUGUUUCCGAGCAACCGCCUCAAGCACCGCAGCCGGCGUCUGAACCACUGGCUGAGGUGGUCGAUGACUGGGGCUCUUUUUGGGCUUCCAAGAAACAGAAGAAAGGGAGACAUAUUGUCACCACCGUCGAUUGCGCUGUCGACGACGUACCCAGGGUCAAGGAACCACCUGCGCCUGAGCCGGAACCAGUCGUCGAGACUGCGGUCGUCGAGCCUACUGACGAGUUUGACUGGGGCUUCAGCUCGACUAAGAAGAGUAAGAAGAAGAAAAGCAAGAGUGCCGCUCUCUGGGACAUCGAGCCUAGUGACCAGCCCACCACUGAAGGCAUACCGGUCGAGCAGCCUGUAGAGGUAGCCCCUGCCGAAGAGCACAAGGUGGAAGCGGAAGAGGUUCCAGCACCGGAGCCGAACCCUGAAGAUGACCCUUGGGCAGCAGCUUUCUUGCCUAAGAAAGGUGGUAAGAAGGACAAGAAAAAGAGGUCAGUCCGGAUCGAGACUCCACCACCUGAGCCAGAAAUCGCUUCAAUUACGGAAGAGAAUUCCUCUACCCUUCCUCCACCUGAGUCAGGACCCGACGCAGCGACUGAGGAGAGCAUAUGGGAUGCAUUUUCAAGUCAGAAAGACACCAAUGUGGCCGUGGAAGAAGUCCCACCACCAGCUCCAGCGGACCCUGAGCCUGAGCCUGAGCCUGAGCCUUCUAUUGAGUUCGGAUGGGGAUCCUUCUCGUCCAAGUCCAAGAAGUCCAAGAAAAAGAAAGCAAGCUCUUCAAGCUGGGAAGUGGAGGCUGAGCCUCAACCACCACCUGAGCCCAUGACACCUGAGUUGGUCCCUCAGGAUACGCAAUGGGAUUUCUCGUCGGCUCGCAAGGGCAAGAAUAAAGAAGAAGCUGUGGCCGUGGAGGAGAGCUCACUAGCUGUACCGGAGCCAGAACCCGUUUCUGAAUACGAUGGAUGGGGCUCAUGGGGCUUGAGCAAGAAAGAAAAAAGAACGAAGGCAGCUCAAGCAAUAGUAGAAGAAAAACAGGAUCCACCCGUGGAGCCAGCUGUAGCUGCCGAUGGCUCUUCAAGCUGGACAAUCAAUCCGAACACGGGAAUCAUAGAAAGGAGCAAAGAACCUGAGCCAGUUCCUGAGCCAAUUUCCGAAGACGAUGAUUGGGGUUCCUUCGUGCCGAAAAAGAAGAAGAAGGGUAAGAAGGGGAAGUCAAUAGUACAAGAUGAUCUGCCCUUGGAAGAGGAGCGAGUGUACACUUGCACCAUUGCAAACUGCGGAUGUGAAUUUUCUGUCCCACCCCCGCCCCCACCACCAGAGGAAAUCAUCGAAGCGCCACCAGAGGUCAUCGAGACAACGCUCCCACAACAAGAAUCCAGCACCGUCACUGAAGCAACUAUCCCCGAAGUCGAAUCUCGCAAGCUAUCCGGCCACACCGUCGUCCUGAAGAUCCACCACACAAGCAACGCUGGCAAGAACAUCUUCAUGACAAUGUUGACGCUAGAGGAGAAUACCCGCCAGGCGAUUUUCAACGCCGUGACAAGAUAUCUUGACUCCAAGUUUGCACAGGUUGAGCGAAGCCUUGAGAUAGUUUGGUGUUGGCAAGAAUGGGGAUAGUUUUGAUUUGUCUGGUCUCCACGAAGAUAUGUGGCCGGAGUAUUUGGAUUACUUUUCCGAGUGUACGAAGUUUCCUGAGUUGACUGUUGAGGCGGUUGAUGUCUAGUAAUGAAGUUUAAUGAUGGUUCCGAUUAUUUUCUUCUUGUUUUGGGUUUUUGGGAUUUCAAUACUACGCUCGCUUGAAUGGAGGGCUAUUUUGCACACGUUAAGCUCGAUUUAAUGAUACAAA